AUGGCUCCAAAGGUCAAUAUCCAACCCGAUUUCGCGACGGUGUAUGAUUUCAUAACCAAAGCAAAGAGUCAAGAUGGCGCACAAGCUCCAAACAUCGUUCCUCUUUUUGCGCAGAUUCCGGCCGAGUUCUUGAACCCCUCGAGUGCAUACCUUAAACUGAGUGCAAAGAGCAAAACCAAGCAAUCUUUUCUCUUUGAGAGCGCCUCAAGUAGGGAAACAAUCGGGCGCUACAGUUUCCUUGGAUGCGACCCCCGCAAGGUGAUCAAAACCGGCACCGGUCAUGGCCCCGAGAUCGACCCCCUCACAGAGCUCGAAAAAGAGCUCAACCAGUACCGCGUGGCCAAGAUUCCAGGUACAAAGCUCCCGCCCAUGUCGGGUGGAGCGAUUGGUUACGUUGCAUACGACUGCGUCAAAUACUUUGAGCCCCGUACCACUCGCCCGCUCAAAGAUAUCCUCAAAACGCCGGAAUCGCUGUUUAUGCUCUGCGACACCAUUGUCGCCUUUGACCACUUCUUCGCCUCGAUUAAGGUGGUAACCUACCUCAGCAUUCCCGACGGCGACAUUUCCCAGCCCGAGUUUACCGCCCUCUACGAAACCGCCCGGGAGACAAUCUCGGAGGUAAUACACACCCUCCAAAGCGGCGAAAUCCCGCUCCCGCCCCAGCCGCCCAUCGUCAAGAACCAGGAAUACCUCUCCAACAUCGGGCGAGCCGGCUACGAGGGCCACGUGCACAAGCUCAAAGAGCACAUCAUUAAGGGCGACAUCAUCCAGGCUGUCCCCUCACAGCGUUUCUCCCGCCCGACGUCGCUCCACCCAUUCAACAUCUAUCGGCACCUGCGCACCGUCAACCCCUCGCCCUACCUCUUCUACAUCGACUGUACCGACUUCCAGCUCGUUGGCGCCUCGCCGGAGCUCCUCGUCAAGUCCGAGAACGGCCGCAUCAUAACCCACCCCAUCGCCGGCACCGUCAAGCGCGGCAAAACCACGGAAGAUGACGACCACCUCGCCGAGCAGCUCAAGUCCUCACUGAAGGACCGCGCAGAGCACGUCAUGCUUGUCGACCUCGCGCGCAACGACGUCAACCGUGUCUGCGACCCCCUCACCACCACCGUCGACAGACUCAUGACCGUCGAGCGGUUCUCGCACGUCAUGCAUCUCGUCUCGCAGGUGUCGGGGGUGCUGCGCAAAGGCAUGACCAGGUUCGACGCCCUGCGGAGUAUCUUCCCGGCCGGCACGGUCUCGGGCGCGCCAAAAAUCCGUGCGAUGGAGCUGAUUGGGGAGCUGGAGGGCGAGAGAAGAGGCGUGUAUGGCGGUGCAGUCGGGUACUGGGGCUACGAGUCGGAUAGCAUGGAUACCUGCAUUGCGCUGCGUACGAUGUUGGUUAAGGACGGUAUUGCCUAUCUCCAAGCCGGUGGCGGUAUCGUGCAUGACUCCGAUCCGUACGACGAAUGGAUGGAAACAAUGAACAAGCUGGGGGCAAACAUGCAUUGCAUCACCAGCGCGGAAGAGAAGUACUCCAGCCUCGAGGAAGGGGACUCGCUGCAGGACUUGAAGAAGGGCCACGAAACUGAUCCCGAUACCCCUGUCCAUAUGGGCGAUGGCUCAUGA